CUUUGCUCUCAGAGUUCAAUUAUGGCGGAGACGUUUUUGUUCACUAUUGCCGAAAGGGUUGUGGAGAAAAAUAGUCCAUCUCUCGGUAGAAGAAGUUAGCUUGGCUUUUAAUGUGGAAAGCGAUUUGGGUGAGCUGAAGGAGACGAUGCACAACAUUAAAGCUGUGCUCUUGGAUGCUGAGCGGCAACAACAGCAGAAUGAGAAGUUGCGCCUCUGUAUGUGGAAGCUCAGAGACAUCUUUUAUGAUGCUGAAGAUGUCAUUGAUGAUUUCUACUGUGAAGCUCUCCGCAACCCCAAUCAUCACAACAAUGAAAAGGUGCGAUUUUUAGCUUCUUGUUGUUUCCCUUUUUCAUUCUCUUUAAACAUGGGUCAUAAGAUCAAAGAGAUCAACAAGAGGUUAAACAAGCUUGCCACUGAGUGGAACAGCUUUAAUCUAGGACAGUAUACCAAUAUCCGACAUGUUUUUCACCGACAGACUCACUCUUUUGUUCACUCUUCGGAUGUUAUUGGUAGAGAUGCGGAUAAAGAGAACAUUAUUGAUCUCUUGAUGAAACCGAGUGAGGAUUGGAACAUCCCUGUCAUUCCCAUAGUUGGAAUUGGGGGUCUAGGGAAAACCACACUUACUCAAUUGGUAUAUAAUGAUUAUCGAGUUACCAGAUUUUUUCCAUUCAAGAUAUGGAUCUGUGUGUCUGAUGAAUUUGAUCUUCCUAGAUUGCUCAAGCUAAUCAUUCAAUCUUUAAGUAAAGGAGAAAAAUGUGAUGAUUUAUCAGUCGAAGCCUUGCAAACUUGUUUGAGAAAUCUUUUGCAUGAUGAAAAGUUUUUGUUGGUUCUAGACGACGUGUGGAAUGAAAAUCGUGUUAAAUGGAUUGAGUUCAGGGAUUUAUUUAGAUCAAUGGGUGGGUUAUCCGAAAGUAAGAUUAUUGUCACUACUCGGAGCUUAAAGGUUGCCUCUAUAAUGAGUUCAACUUGUCCUUAUGAAUUGAAAGGUCUCCCUCAUGAAGACUGUUUGAUUUUGUUUACAAAAUGGGCUUUCAACGAUGGUGAUGAGAGUCGGCAUCCAAAUCUCAUGAGAAUCGGGGAGGAAAUUGUGAAGAAAUGUAAAGGGGUUCCAUUGGCAGUGAGAACACUGGGAAGCCUACUGUUUUCGAAAACUGAUGCAUCUGAGUGGAUCUCUAUAAGAGAUAGUGAAAUAUGGAGACUCGAGCAAAGCGAAAACGAUAUCUUACCAGUGUUGAAGUUGAGUUACAAUCAUUUGCCAUCUCAUUUGCAGCGAUGUCUUGCUUUUUUGUCCUUGUACAAAAAGGAUGAGAUCUAUAACAGUAACGAAGUCAUCCAGUUUUGGAUGGCAAAUGAUCUGCUUGAGCAUCCAAAGCAAAAGCAAGAGUGGGAAGAUGUUGGUGAUCGGUAUUUAAACGAGUUACAGUCAAGGUGCCUCAUCCAAAAGGAGAAGGAUUACGGCAUGUAUUGUACCUUCAAAAUGCAUGAUCUGAUACAUGAUCUUACACUAGAUGUAUCACAAAAAGAGUGUAAAACAGUGAAUUCCCAAACAGAACUUGUUGACAGAAAUGUUCGACAUUUAUCAUUUACCGAUGAGAAGCUGCUAAAAGUUCCACACUUGAAGAAAUUGAAAAAUGUUCGAACGGUUAUUGUCCGGGAGGUUUUAGAGGAGUCUCUUAGACAUCUGUGUGUCUCAAAAUUCAAGUAUCUGCGAGUACUACGUUUACGUGAUUCACAUUUGACAGUUUUACCAAAUUCUAUUGGCACCUUGAAGCACUUACGAGACCUUGACUUGACCAAUUGCCGUAAUAUAAAAGAACUUCCGAGUUCUUUCGAUCAGCUUCGGUGCUUGCAAACAUUAAGAAUGAGGGGUGUUCCUUUAAUGCAAUUGCCUUGCAACAUGGAAAGCUUGAUUGAGCUUCGAUAUCUAGAAAUAACCAUUAAAGCUUCGCAUUUGAAAGAGAUUGGACCAGGAUGUUGGACUUCACUUCACACCUGGCCUUUUAUGAAUGUGACAAUUAGAAUGUUUAUUUGAAGGAAUGCAGCAUCUCACAUCACUUCGAAGACUUGUUCUGGAUGGUUGUCCUAAUCUCGUCUCGUUGCCACGAAGCCUGAAAUUUCUAACCAAAUUAGAAGACCUUUGUGUAUGCUGGUGCAAAAUUUUGUUUAGAAAUGGAACCAGAAGAGGAAGAAGAUAAAAUCCUUCAGCUGAGCCUUAAAACUUUUGUGGUUUCGGAUUCAGACGGGUUCACAGAUUUACCACGAUUGCUUCUCGAAAGAUCUUAUUCAACUUUGCAGCAAAUAAAAAUCAGUGAUUGCUCAAAUUUUGUAGUGCUACGACCGUGGCUACAACAUCUCAUUGCCCAAAUCCUCAACUCUAUAGGAGGGAAUGGACCCACUCUCCAAACAUGAGUAUGUAGUAAAACUUAAAAAUCUCAUUUCUUUUAACCGGAAAACUUACAUGUUUCAUGUGAUGACAGCCCACAGCACAGGCGUAUGAUAAUGUGAUUAGGAGGUAGUUUCUACUCAAAACAAAAGAGGUGAGCUUUCAUUU